CGAGCAAAAGCAGCAGCGGCAUGUCGACAGAAAGCGACAGCGACGUUGUUGACAAUGCUGGGGAUGGUAAACCUAGAGAACGAGGGUGUAUAUUAGGAGACCAAGAGACUACGGAGUCUUCAAAGCCUUUAACCUUCACAAGCGGAGCUGACUACAGCACAAUUAACGAGGGAGAAGUUGAUUUUGAUAGGGACGAUGGAUUGACAUUGCCUAGUAUAACUAAAGUGUCGGACGAGCCCGCGGCGCAGGAUAGAAAAGGACCUUCUUCUAGUACCGAUAUGAUGUCGACACGGCGUCGUCUUGUACGUGGACAGGAUGAAGUUGUGAAGAAUGCUGCUAAUGAUUCAAAACAACAUGUAUCACAGUGUGGUUCAAAACAACAUGGUGCCACACCACGAGGGCUUCCUACU